AUUUAAAGCUGCAUCUAGACAGCCAACCCAAAAUGCACUUUCCAUUCCACUUUCCAUAAGUUUCAGUGUAUUAGAAUCCCGCAUAACAAAGGCAACAAAUUGUUUGUAAACACCUCUUUAACAUUUUUCCAUGAAAUAUUCAGUCACUCUCAAAGUCUGUUCUCGUCAACAUGAAAGUAAAUAAUUUACUUCUAUCAGUAUUUUUGGUAUUGAGUUUCAGUGUUUUAAGUGCAUUGUCCUCAUUUAAUAUCCCUCAUAUCAUUAGCGCUAAUGAUGAUCAAAUAAUUGACGAAAAUUUGAUAGAUCAAACAAAGGAUUUUAAGAAAUUCGAGCCAACUUGGGAGAGUUUAGAUGCAAGACCGCUGCCUGAGUGGUAUGAUAAUGCGAAAAUAGGUAUUUUUCUCCAUUUUGGAGUCUACGCUGCGAUAAGUUAUGGAAGUGAAUGGUUCUGGAACAACUGGAAAAAUGAUAAAGUUCCUGAAUAUGUAGAUUUUAUGAAGAGAACUCAAAAUCCAUCAUUUACUUAUCAAGACUUUGCCAAAUCAUUUACUUGUGAACUUUUUAAUGCAACUGAAUGGGCAGAAAUUUUUGCUGAUUCUGGAGCUCAAUAUGUAAUCAUAACAAGCAAGCAUCAUGAAGGAUAUACACUUUAUCCAUCAUCUUAUUCGUUCAGUUGGAACUCUAUGGAUGUUGGACCUAAUCGUGAUAUUUUGAAGGAACUCUCAGACGCUGUGAGAGAGAAGAAGUUAACAUUUGGAAUCUAUUACUCGCUUUAUGAAUGGUUCAAUAGGAUGUAUCUCAGUGAUAAAUAUCAUGCAUUCUUUCAGCAAACUUAUGUAAACAACAAGAUGUGGCCAGAACUUCAGGAGAUUAUUCAUCGAUACCAUCCAGAAAUAAUCUGGAGUGAUGGAGAUUGGGAGGCUCCUGAUGGUUACUGGAAAUCUAAAGAGUUUCUUGCAUGGCUGUAUAAUGAAAGUCCAGUAAAGAAUACAGUUGUAACUAAUGAUAGAUGGGGCUCUGGAAUGCCUUGUAAACAUGGAGGCUUCUACACUUGUACUGACCGUUUCAAUCCAGGAAAAUUAGUCGAGCAUAAAUUUGAAAAUGCAAUGACAAUUGACAAAAAGAGCUGGGGUCAUCGAUCAAAUACAGUAUUAGAUGAUUAUUUAACAAAAGAUGAACUUAUUAGAGAAAUUGUUUCAACUGUGGCCAUUAAUGGAAAUAUUGCAAUCAAUAUUGGACCAACAAUGUACGGAAAGAUUGAACCAAUCUUUGCUGAUCGACUCAGAGACAUGGGAAAAUGGUUGAGAAUCAACGGAAAGUCAAUUUACGGAAGCAAACCAUGGGCUCAUCAAAAAGAAGGAAACGACACGUGGUUCACAAUGAAACAUGGCGAAUCUCGAGACAGCGUUUUUGUUUUCAUUUUUGAAUAUCCUUAUGACACUAAUGCUGUAUCAAUUGCAAGUCUAGCUGAUUUUGUAGAUUCAUCAAGUAAAGUUAAGUUGCUUGGAUACUCUGGUAUAGUCAAGCAUCAACUUUCUGAAUCUAAGAACGCAUUCAAAAUUCAAUUCCCAGAAAAGCGAUUCAUCGAUAAAGCCGGCUUAUUUUCUGUGUGGACAUUUGAGGUCGACAUCCCAAAACAAAAAUAAAGCAUCGUGUCUCCUUAAAGCUAUGCAGCCAUUGCGUGCAAUAUUUGUUCAUUAAUAAUUAUACAUUUUGUAUUUGCUUUAAGCAUUAAAAAAUAUUAGUGAGAUCCAUGCUGCUUUUUUUUCAUAAAUGAGUAAUUUUUUUCUCACAACAUAAAAACGUGUUUUCUAUUCUCUCGCAUGGAUUCUCUUCGUUCCUUACGAAUAGAUUCUCAAUUCUCAUCUACCAAAAAUUGACAAGAAGUCAACGUGAUCUUCUGUUUAUUCCCAUAAAUGAUACUUGUGGAACACGUACAACAAGCGGAUGACUUGAUGACGUACCUUUACUUCAAUACUCAUCGUGACAGAUCUUAAAUAAAUAUUUUCAAUAAUAAUAAAAAAAUAUGUUUUGCGAUAACAGAACUUUCUGAUAAAAUAAUGAAGGACAAUUUAUCUAUCACAAAAAAAGCAACGACAAUCUCAAAUGCGCAUACUCUACACAUUCGUUUGUACGAAAGCUGAAAAUAAAUGAGACAAAAGAGAGAAAAAGAAGUAAGAAAAAAAAAAUUAAAGGCACGACUAAAAAAAUAUACAGAAUGAAUAUCCAUUUCUCCAUAGAUUUU